AUGGAUACGAUGGUGUUCACAAUGAAUCCUGAGACGCCUUACUUAACCAGACAUUCAAUUCAGCUUACAUUGCUAAGUUUUGUUGCUGUUUAUUUGGUUUUCACAGACUUGGUCAUCAUCGCAAUUGCCCUCUAUUUUGGCCCACCACUCAAUAUCCUUCUGGAUUGCAUCAGAACACUGGACGAUUCUUCAGUGCUGAAGCGGGAGAAGAACUUCUUUCUGCUUUUGCACAUUUAUCACAACAAUAUUAUUGAAAAACUUCAGGCAUUCAGCAAAUUGUUCUACUACACAUUUAUUGUGCAAUUAAGUGCAAGUUUCUUAUUGCUCUUAUUCAUGUUUUUCAUGAUGCAGAAGACGCACGACUAUCACUUCCUUUGCCCAAUGAUAUUGGGUAUUUUCUUUCAAUUCAGCGCUUUUUGCUUCUUCGGAGCGUUCAUCUUUGGCAAAACCGAGCAGAUAUUCACGGAAUUGUACUUGACAAAGUGGUAUGAAUUUUCCAACAAGGACAAACAGAUCCUCAUGCUGAUGAUGAUGAUGUCCCAGAGACCCUUUGGCUUCAAAGCUGCUGGAAUUUAUGACAUCAAUCUCGUGAUGUUCAUCAAUGUCACGAAAUUGGCCUUUUCCUAUUGCACAAUUCUCUAUGCACUCACGCAAUAA